AGACUCCAUCCUCCCUCCGAAAAAAAGAAAAAAAAGAUUUAUUUUUUCCUUUUACCGCCCAUUAUCAUGUCAAGGUGGUAUUUGUUAUAUAUCAUCAAAUAUACGUUGUAUGCACAUGUAUCUCUAGAAGGAAAAAUAAAUGGUAGCAGUGGUUACCUCUGAAAAGGGGGGCUUGGAAGCUUGGAGGUCAGAGGUGGGAGGGAGACCUAAUUCCUGCCAUUUAUCCUUUGGUACCCACUGAAAUCUUUAUCAUGUACAUAGAUUUUUUUAAUCUACAAAAGGAAAAUUUCCUUUUAGUUUUAAAAGUUAAAAUUGUCAACAGAGAGUUAAUUAAAUAUAGUACAUCCAUUAAGUGGAAUAAUGUACAGUCAUUACAAUGGAAGUGAUAGCUCUCGAUGUGCUGAUACAAAAGCGGUCCGUGAUAAUUCAUUUGUUAAGUUAAAAACAAAAUUCAAAUUGUAAAUGGUAAAAGUAUUAGUAUAUGCAUAGGGGCAAUUGUAUUUAAAUAUUUAUUUAUUAGUAUAUGCAUAUGGGAAAAUGCCAAAAUAUACACUAAACUGUUAGCAUUGAUUACCUCUGCAAGACGGAAUUAGAAGAGACUUUUGCUUUCUAAGAUGUACAUUUUGACAUUGUUCAAACUUUUAUGAGGAAUAUAUUACUCUACAAUCAGAAAAAUGAUAACCUAAAACAAUUCUAUGAUAUUGCAAAUAGUCCAGGAACAGAGAGAAGGUCCUUAUCUUCAGCAGCUGGGGCAAAUGUCAAAUCCCCUAGAUAAAAACCAGGUAUGCACUUGGAGUUUGUGCAUUAGGGCAAAAAGAAGUGGUAUAAUAUGGUCUUGGCUCACAACAGCACCUCAGUAAUGUUUAAUAAUGGAAACUGGGACUAUAGAAUAGAUACCACUUUUUCCCCAGUGCAUGACAAUUUAGGUAUUUAUCACCAGAAUCUUAAAAAAAAAUAAGGUUUCUGCCCUUACGGCCACUGCAAUCUAAGGUAAUUUAAUAUCCCUGCUUUCCCCUCUUUACUGCUUCUCAACAAUCCUUUUUUUUUUUUUUCCUUUCCCUUCACCCUCCUCGUCUUCCCAGCCCUUUUUAAAAUUGCCACAAGAGGGCAGCAGCCUCACGCAGAAGAAGGGCACUAGGCCAUUGGCAGCAAAAGCAAAAGGAUGCCAUUAAAAAUAGGUGAUCAAACUUUAGAGAUGUCAGCAUCUUGCUCUGAAUAUGUGUGCAGCCACGUUUAAUAUUGUUAGAAACCAUAAACAAUGAAUGGACAAGAAAGUCAUGCUGCUGUGCGGAGCUCAUGUGUUUCCCUCUCUUCCAGAUGCUGGCCAACAAGAGCUGAAAUCGAGAACAGCCUAGAACCUAAGACUAUUCUAAUAUAAAAAUUUUGCACCAGGAUGGAAGGGGACUCUUACCACAAUGCAACCACCGUCAAUGGCACCCCAGUAAAUCACCAGCCUUUGGAACGCCACAGAUUGUGGGAAGUCAUCAGCAUUGCAGCGGUGACUGCUGUGGUAAGCCUGAUCACUAUUGUGGGCAAUGUCUUGGUCAUGAUCUCCUUCAAAGUCAACAGCCAGCUCAAGACAGUUAACAACUAUUACCUGCUCAGCUUAGCCUGUGCAGAUCUCAUCAUUGGGAUCUUCUCCAUGAACCUCUACACCACCUACAUCCUCAUGGGACGCUGGGCUCUUGGGAGUCUGGCUUGUGACCUUUGGCUUGCACUGGACUACGUGGCCAGCAACGCUUCUGUCAUGAACCUUCUGGUGAUCAGUUUUGACCGUUACUUUUCCAUCACAAGACCCUUGACGUAUCGGGCCAAGCGUACUCCCAAAAGGGCUGGCGUCAUGAUUGGCUUGGCCUGGCUGAUCUCCUUCAUCCUCUGGGCCCCAGCAAUCCUCUGCUGGCAGUACUUGGUUGGGAAGCGGACAGUUCCACUGGAUGAGUGCCAGAUCCAGUUUCUCUCAGAGCCCACCAUCACUUUUGGCACUGCCAUUGCUGCUUUCUACAUCCCUGUUUCUGUCAUGACCAUCCUCUACUGUCGAAUCUACCGGGAAACAGAGAAGCGAACCAAGGACCUGGCUGACCUCCAGGGUUCUGACUCUGUGACUGAAGCUGAGAAGAGAAAGCCAGCUCAUAGGGCUCUGUUCAGAUCUUGCUUGCGCUGUCCUCGACCCACCCUGGCCCAGAGGGAAAGGAACCAGACCUCCUGGUCAUCCUCCCGCAGGAGCGCCUCCACCAGUGGGAAGCCAUCCCAAGCCACUGACCCAAGCACCAACCAGGCCAAAGCUGAGCAGCUCACCACCUGUAGCAGUUACCCUUCCUCAGAGGAUGAGGACAAGCCCACCACUGACCCUGUCCUCCAAGUGGUCUACAAGAGUCGGGGUAAGGAAAGCCCAGGGGAAGAAUUCAGUGCUGAAGACGCUGAGGAAACUUUUGUGAAAGCUCAAACUGAAAAACAUGACUCUGACACCCCAAACUACUUUCUGUCUCCAGCAGCUGCUCAUAGACCCAAGAGUCAGAAAUGUGUGGCCUAUAAGUUCCGAUUGGUGGUAAAAGCUGACGGGACCCAGGAGAACAAUAACGGCUGUCACAAGGUGAAAAUCAUGCCCUGCUCCUUCCCAGUGGCCAAGGAGCCUUCAACGAAAGGCCUCAGUCCCAACCCCAGCCAUCAAAUGACCAAACGAAAGAGAAUGGUCCUCGUCAAAGAGAGGAAAGCAGCCCAGACACUGAGUGCCAUUCUCCUGGCCUUCAUCAUCACAUGGACCCCGUAUAACAUCAUGGUCCUGGUUUCUACCUUCUGUGACAAGUGUGUCCCAGUCACCCUGUGGCACUUGGGCUACUGGUUGUGCUAUGUCAAUAGCACUGUCAACCCCAUCUGCUAUGCCCUCUGCAACAGAACCUUCAGGAAGACCUUUAAGAUGCUGCUUCUCUGCCGAUGGAAAAAGAAAAAAGUGGAAGAGAAGUUGUACUGGCAGGGGAACAGCAAGCUACCCUGAAAAGUUAACGACUCCUCUCAAAAGAACAGUGACCACAGUCAACAUCCUCUGAGGAAGAGCAAGCUGGUUCUGGUUUGUAUAUUUUCAAAAAGAAGACAUCUCAUUUUGAGUCCUUGAAGAUGUUUGUAAAGGCUCAAGGUCUGUUGCCAAAUGGAAGGGGUCACAGCUGCAACAAUUGCUGUCGUAUUAAAUGACUCUUGCCUAUGACCAAGGCCAUUUGAUGCCACUGGAGUUUGCCAAUGAAGUAAAGAGAUAGGCUCAUGGCCCUUCACAGGAGGAAGCACACUGGGUAACAGUGAACAGUGACUCAGGGAACUUUUGUCCCUUCUGUAGGAAAUAGCAGAGACCAGGUGGAAACCUUUUCCUGUGGAAACCUGUCCCUGUGGAAACCUGUCAUAGAAUUUUGUGCAAUAUGUAUGUGUCUAUGAAGCUGUCUUGUGCCAGUGAGAACCGGGAGAAUGUACAUCAGUGUCACUUGUUAACAAGACUGGCUUCUAAGAAUAUGUAUCGUCAUAAACUGAUCACUAUCUAUAAUGCAGCUAUUAUGUGGUCUAUACUGUGGUUUGUUUUCCUGUCCCUACAUCUGAGUGAAGGUCUUGCUCUUCCCUUUCAUAUCCAAUGCCAAUUCCUCGUACUCACUGAACCCAUGCUGAUCUCCAGGGAACCAUCCUUCCUCUCAGAAUCCAGCGUCUGGAAGGACUGAAACCUGGUCAUACCCAGUCCUUUAAAGGGGCCUCUAUUCUGCUAAUAAAGUCUCCAUAGUCAGUUAUUCUAGUUUUUGCCAGUGGAAAUUUUUUCUUUUAUCUAAAAAAAAAUAUUUUGCAUUCUAUUUUGUGCCCAUUUGAAACCAUUGAUUUAUGCUCUGUUCUUAGGAAGACUAAUUGUGUAAGAGCCCUUCACUGGCUGAAGAUUUUCUCCAGGCUAUUGAAUUAAGGUUCUUAUAUUGUUUUCAGAGAUCUUGCUUUCUAAUCUCUUCACAGGGCAAAUCUGAGCAAAAUGUGGAAAACAAAUUUGCUUUUGAACUUCUUCCAGAGCCCUUUUGCAGCCUCCAGUUUCCCUUGUUCAGAUCCCCAAUUCACACCAAGACACAAGCAGGUCAACUGGCUGCCUCCAAGCAGGGGGUUGUGGGGUGGGGUGGGGGUGGAAAGACUUUCUUUUUUGAUAGGUCCUUCAAAUCAGGGCCUAAAAAUGACUUCUUCAUUCCUCUCCAAAUUCAGUCAAAAAUGAGAAGGCCAGAAAAGCACGCUUGAGGGUGCGACGAAGCUGAAAAAGAUCUGAAAGCUUCAUUUUUAAAAAUAAAGUGUAGGUCAUAGUAAUGCAUAAAAAUAAAACAGUUAACAUGCAUGACAGCAUGAGGAUUAUUAAAAACCACAUUUAAUUGAAAUCUCUGAGUGUGUAUCAACAAACUGAAUCAAAGGACCUUUGUGGACAAAAGUCCACAAAGAAGCAGUAGUGUGGUGCACAACAAGGAUUUUAAAGAUGAAGCACUCCUGUCAGACAUUAUUUAACUUGUUGGUUACAUCUGCAGCUGGAUUUAAAAAUCGCCAGACUUCAUGCGUCUUAGUGUAGGCCAGGUCCUUUUCAGUGUCAUUUGCUACGAGGAUGGAAAAAUAGCUGGUUUAGUUGUCCUGGGAAUUAGAAAUGUACCUGAGUAUGGGAGAGCUUCAGCCUACGACUGAAGAGGAUAAUCAGUCUCUCACAGGAUGUCCCAGGGAGGCUUCAGGGUAGUAGAAUCUCGGGCAGGAUGGGACUGGUCCCCUAUAAAGAUUACGUUGACAUGAAACAUCUUGUAAGCAGUGCAUCUGCUGAGACUUUGUAAAGGGCAGGUUGACACCUGCCAGGAAUUGGGUGGGAAUAGUAAUUGGCUCAGUUCUCCAGCACAGAGGCUUUCGGGCCUCUGUGAUGCCAACUGGGUGUGACUUCAUGAGCAAACCUGCUCUACCAGCUCCAGAUAAACAGUUGAGUCUUCGUUUAAGGCUUUGAUUCCUGACAAAGAUGAAAAUCCCUUCAUGAGAAUAGGCUCUUAAGCCCAUGUUGGGCAUUCACCAUUCGCAGUUGAGAGUGAAACAAGCUAAUUUAAACAAAAGAACACAAAUCGGGAAGGGAUGCCACUGAGGGUACUCUUCACACGCUCUGCACUUGCUUAGGACUUGGCCCUUUUUGUUCAUCUUUUGUGAAAUUGAUUAAGAAGUGUAUUGCUGGGUGUGGUGGUUCACACCUG